CUCCGGCCUUUUCGCCGUGAAGCCGUUGGGCUUCGGCUGGGCUCGGCUCCCUCCAACAUGAGUCGUCCGAAGAAGCGGCCCAACCAGUCCUUCCGAGCCGGUGCCUCCAAGAACAAGAGGAAAAGAAGGAUCCUCCUCCCCGACCGCAUCUUCCGAGCCGUCGCCGCCUCCUCCCCCACGGGCCUGUCCCUGUUCGCCGUCAAGAAAACGCUCCGGAAAACCGGGUACGACGUGAGGAGGAACAGCCACCGCAUCAACAGCGAACUGAAAAGACUGGUUUCCGAGGGAAUCCUCGUUCGGAUCACCGGCGUCGGAGCUUCUGGCUCUUUUCGGGCCCGCCGUUGGUACGGCUGCAAGACGUCGGGGAAAGCAAAGAGGGGGCGGAGAACAUCCCCUGCCAAGAGGACAUCGGGGGCCAAGAAGAACAUCUCCAAGAAGCCAGCGAAGCAGAGAUAUCCAACUAAGACUUCCAAGAAAGACCAGACGCUCCCCAGGAGUCUGGCUAAAGCCAGGGGCCAAACAGCCAAGGGGAGUCAGGUCGCUUCCAGAAAGUAGUAGUGGAAAAGGUCCAUCCGCCUCGGAGCCCUCCCAUUCCUUUCCUCCCCCACUCCCCCAUCUCAAAUACUCUUCCCAAGAAGCCGCUCACGUAUUGGGGGGAGAGUCAAUAUCGGUUUGGAGGGGGUGAGCCGAGAGCUUUAAUCCUCCUCAUUUAGUGAUGGUGCCAGAAUACCAAACUCAUUGCCGUUAUUCAUUUUGGAGGAA